AUGGACGUGCUAGCUAAAAAGUGGUUGGGGAGUCUCCGAUAUCGAGAGGUGGAUCUCAUUGAUAGGGUGUUACCUUCUUUCCCUUUCCGUAAUGAGGCUUUUAUUGCCCGAGCAUCUUGCAUUCAAGACGAUGAGCGGUGUCGUGCCGCUGUAGAGCCCUCACAACAUGCUUCAGUUGAUCUUGUUAGUGCUAAUGUUGGUGUUGAGUCUUCAAGGAACAAGUCUCUGGAGGAAGAGGUUGUGGAGGAUAAAAAAGGGGUUCUUCCUUUGGUGAACAAGCGUAAAGCAGCUUGGAAAAGUGUGAGUGGUCAGGAUGUUGAGGUUCUAGCACUCGUAUGA